AUAACAGCAGCUUAUGAGCAAGUAAGAAUGUUUUAUUUACUUAUAAAAAGAAGACAUCGUACGUUUCUUGAAAAACAAAAAAAGAAGACACAAAAUAGAGAAUUCAAUUGGUGAUCAACAGAUAGAGAGAGCAAAGCAAAGGUUGUUCAUCCUGACGAAAUGGGGUCUCAUCUAUCGAAACAGCUCGAGCGUCGGAAAGCUGUCUCAACGGAGAAGAAAGCCAUGACAGAUCUCGAGAAAUCAUGCGGCUGCGAGUUUCCGGGGUGUGAUUACAUGCCGUCCGAUCGUAAAAACUGGAUGUCCGGCGUUGGACCUGAAAAGCUUCACAUCAACAAGAUCGUCUGGCCAGGCACUCACGACUCUGCCACCAACAAAAUCGGGAUCCGUUUCGUGUCUCGUCCCUUUGCACAGUGCCAGUCUCUCUCCAUCUACAACCAGCUCGUGGCGGGUACUCGAGUCCUUGACAUUCGUGUUCAAGAAGAUCGCCGUGUCUGCCACGGUAUCCUCAAGACUUACAGCGUCGACCUUGUCUUGGCCGAUCUCAAACGGUUUCUCUCUGAGACAGAGUCUGAGAUUGUGAUUCUCGAGAUCAGAACAGAGUUUGGACACGAAGAUCCACCAGAGUUCGAUAAGUAUCUUGUCGAACAGCUCGGAGAUCAUCUGAUUCACCAGGACGAUCACGUGUUCAACAAGACAGUCGCUGAGCUGCUUCCAAAGAGAGUGAUCUGCGUUUGGAAACCGAGGAAGUCGCCUCAGCCUAAGCACGGUGAUCCCCUGUGGAGUGCAGGUUACCUGAAAGACAAUUGGAUUGAUACGGAUCUUCCUUCGACCAAGUUCGAGAGCAACAUCAAGCAUUUGAGCCAGCAGCAACCGGCUGCUUCCAGGAAACACUUCUACCGGGUGGAGAACACUGUGACGCCGCAGGCUGAUAACCCUAUACUGUGUGUUAAACCGGUGACAAAGCGGAUACAUUGCUACGCAAAAGUGUUCAUCAUCGAGUGUGUAAAGAGAGGAUGUGCUGACAAACUGCAGAUCUUCUCGACGGAUUUCAUUGAUAAGGAGUUUGUUGAUGCUUGCGUUGGGCUCACCUUUGCAAGAGCUGAAGGUAAGGCAUGAGUAAAGAAACCCGUAGAGAGAGAGACUUUUGUAUAUCUUGUGUUGUGUUAUUAAGCAAAAAGUUAAAGAAUCAGAACACGGCUGUGUUAGUGUUAGGGUUCUUAAUGUGUGAAAACAUGUCAGUGAGUGUGUUGUGUGUCUGUGUGAUUUAAUACUUAAGAGUGUACAUUCAUAUUCUUCAUUACAAAAACAUUUUAAGUCCAGAUACAAUAGCAA